AUGAGAGACUGUAUUGAGAAAGGAAGAGUAGUUGAGUUUAAGUGCAGAGAAAUGGCUACUAAAAUAGGAGUAAUAGUUGACUUCAUUAGUCAGACUGCCUUUGUAGUUCAAAUGGUAUGCGCUAAGACCGGAAAAGCAUUAGAGAGAGAAAGAAUUACAAAGAAGCACAUUGAGCUGACUGGAAGUGUCAUAGAGUUCGAUGACUCUGAGGAAGUUAGAGGAGAUGCAUUCAUUAAGUCAAUCGAAGAGAACAUAAAGCCAGCUGUAUUGGAGAAACAGAACACAGAACUAUUUAAAACUGCCAUUGAAAAUGCGCAGAGAAAGGAGAUGAAUGACUUUGAGAGAUUUAUGAAAGAGCAGGAAGACAUUGCUAAAGUAAGAAUCUUAAACUCCCACGGAUUUGAAUAA